AUGCGUUGUCAAGCCUGUGCACGAUGCAAGUACGCACCUGCCCCGUUAGUAGAUGGGCAUAUCUUCAAGGAGUCGGUGAAGACGGCGCCCCACAUAGUCGAUCCCAGCCUCGCAAACGACACGGAAUUUUUGCGUCGGUUUGGCAACUUUAUUGGCGAGGAGGUUGAGUCCGAACAAGGUUCCGAGCGCGGUAACGAAGCUUCUAAAUAUGUCUACGAUGAGGAGAACGAGAGUGUGGCUGCGAGCCAAGGUGUGAUGGAGCUUGAUGACGAGGGUCCUUCGAAUGCGAUAAUAUUACACGAAGACAAGCAAUACUACCCGACCGCCGAGCAGACAUAUGGUGCCGAAGUUGAGACCCUGGUGGAGGAGGUGGAUGCUCAACCUCUAUCACAGCCCAUCAUCGCACCUGUCGAGCAAAAGAAGUUCAACAUCGAGGAGGCGGACCUACCUAGGAACAUUGCCCUGGCCGGACACUUGCAUCACGGAAAGACGGCCUUCAUGGACAUGCUUGUCCUCGAAACCCAUGACAUCAGCGAGCGCCUCGAACGGAGGACAGGCAGGAAGAGGGACGAGCAGCUACGAUACACCGAUAUUAGCGUUCUAGAACGGGAACGUGGCCUCUCGGCAAAGGCUGCGCCUAUGAGCUUAGUUCUGCCCACUUCGAAGGGCAAAUCCCAUCUCGUCAACAUCAUCGAUACCCCGGGACAUGUCAAUUUUGUGGACGAGGUAGCCGCCGCGCUGCGGUUGGUAGAUGGCGUGGCCCUAGUUGUGGACGUCUUGGAGGGUGUCCAAGUCAACACGGAGCAAAUUAUUAAGCACGCCGUUCUCGAGGAUAUCCCGCUAACUCUUGUCCUCAACAAGAUGGACCGUCUCAUUUUGGAGCUGCGGCUUCCACCCAAGGAGGCUUACUUCAAGAUCCGCCACGUCAUCGAGGAGGUGAACGGCGCGAUCGAAAGGGCACUCCCAGGAAAGGGCGCAGCGAAGAGAGUAAGCCCCGAAAAGGGCAAUGUCCUUUUCGCGUCCACGGAACUUGGAUGGUCCUUCACCCUCCCAUCCUUUGCGAAAAUGUACACCGAUACCUAUGGCGGCAUCGACGUCGAUGAAUUUGCCAAGAGACUGUGGGGAGAUGUCUACUUCAACCCCAAGGCGCGAUCCUUCACGAGGAAGGCAGUCGAGCCUGGUGCGAAUCGGUCAUUCCUACACUUUGUUCUCGAGCCCGUCUAUAAACUCUUCACCCAUACUAUUACCGAUUCUGCCGAGGACCUCCGGCCGGUCCUAGAAUCUCUGGGCAUCACCCUCAAGCCGAGCCAAUACAAGUCCGACGCCAAAGUGCUACUAAAGUUGGCUUGCGAACAAUUCUUCGGACCCUCCACCGGUUUUGUCGACAUGAUUGUCAAGCAUAUUCCGUCUCCCGCCGAGGCAGCGGAAAAGUACCUUGAAAAGUACUAUACCGGUCCCCUCGACAGCAAAGUUGCGGCCUCGAUGAAGGCGUGCGAUCAGGAAGGCCCCCUCGUGGUUCACAUCAGCAAGUUGUUCAACACGGCAGACGCGAAACGGUUCUACUCGUUUGGCCGAGUUCUCAGCGGUACAGCGCGGCCUGGUGCGCAAGUUCGCGUUCUCGGUGAAGGCUACUCAAUAGACGACGAAGAAGACAUGGUUCCCGCUACUCUCGACGACGUGUACAUCGCAAAUACAAGAUACAACAUUCCCACGGAUGGCGUACCCGCCGGCCAGUGGGUAUUAAUUAGCGGCGUGGACAAUUCGAUCGUGAAAACGGCGACCUUGGUGCCUCCUAAGCUUGACGAUGAUGAGGAUGCGUACAUCUUCAAGCCCAUUACACAUUUCACUCAGUCGGUCGUCAAGGUGGCGGUGGAGCCGGUAAACCCUUCUGAGCUACCCAAGAUGCUGGACGGCUUACGAAAGAUCAAGAAGAGCUACCCCUUGGUAGACACCAGGGUAGAAGACUCCGGAGAGCACGUCAUCGUGGGCACCGGAGAGUUGUACAUGGACUGUGUGCUUCACGACUUAAGGAAGCUCUACUCCGACAUGGAAGUCAAAGUCUCAGACCCGGUGACAGGUUUCUGUGAAACCGUGGUAGAGCAGUCCAUGACCAAAUGCUUAGGAGUAUCGCCGAACAAGAAGAACCGAAUCACCAUGAUCGCAGAGCCGCUGGACGAUGGCAUAUCGCGAGACAUAGAAAAUGGUACGGUAAAAAUCAAGGAUCCCAUCAGAAAGACGGCAGACUUUUUCGAGACAACCUAUGGCUGGGACAAGCUCGCCGCGCGUAGCAUUUGGGCUUUCGGUCCAGACGAGGUCGGGACCAGUAUCCUACAGGACGACACCCUACCUGGCGAAGUUGACAAGAAGCUUUUGAGGUUAGUCAGGCAACCCAUCACGCAAGGCUUUAGCUGGGCUACGAGAGAAGGUCCUUUGACGGAUGAGCCCAUCCGCAACACAAAGUUUAGAGUGACGGAUGUGACAUUAGCAUCGGAGGCCAUUUAUCGAGGAGGAAGCCAGAUCAUCCCGACGGCGCGACGCACAUGCUACUCUUCAUUCCUCCUCGCCUCCCCCAGGCUGAUGGAGCCCAUGUACCAGGUGUCGGUUACCUGCCUCGACAGCUACACUACAGAAGUCUACACGUGUCUUUCGAGACGGCGUGGGCAUGUCUUGACGGAGGGCCAGAUUGCCGGGACGCCCCUGAGCCGGGUCAACGGUCUGAUACCCGUCAUCGACAGCUUCGGGUUCGAGACCGAUCUCCGUAUCAAGACGCAGGGUGCAGCCAUGAUUAGCCUACUCUUCGACAACUGGAGCAUCGUGCCGGGCGACCCCCUCGACAAGACGGUAGUAGUGAGGCCGCUACAAGCGGCUAGCGUACAAGCUACGGCAAGAGAUUUCAUGCUCAAGACUCGACGAAGGAAGGGCCUCAGCGACGACGUAUCGGUCGCCACAUUCUUGGAACCGGAGCAGUAUAAUCAACUCAAAGAGAGCGGGUUCCUAGACCAGGUGUAG